UUCUAUUAUGUUGACACAGCUGUGACUGUCGCUGUACUAUAAUCGUUGGUUACCGUACUGUUGCUCAUUGUUGGAGGUGUGGUUGCAGAAUUGAGUUGAAUGUGAUUAGUGAUAACCAAAACUUUUCGCUCAAAAUCGGCUUAAAAUGUGUAGAGUAAAAUUUAGUCGUGGUGUGUGUAAUAGUUUUGUUUUUAGUUAAGUGAAAGUGUUCAGUUGAAAGUUGUAUCAUGUCUCUUUUCAGUUAGGUUAUGCUUUGAUGGUCUUUACAACCACAAUAUCUAUCCCCGGCAGGGCUUCUUACGUUUGAAAUGAGUAGUUGGGCAGCAAGAAUGCAUAGGCGAGCUGCCACAUUUAGUAAUGUAGUCACAUCGUGUGGUCACCCUUCAGGGCCAUACCCUCGUCGGUUGGAAAAAGUCAAAUUUGGAGUAUCUCUUGAAGAAGUUUGUAAAAAUGACAUUCCGGGACCACUUCUUGUAUUGAUUUUAAAGUUGAAUAAGGAGGCCCCUUAUCGUAAAGACGUGUUUAGGGCUCCUGGACAUCAGGGUGCAAUGAAGAAACUUAUACACUUCCUACAGACUGGUAGAUUAGUUAAUAUGGACAAUUUUAGUGUGUACACAAUUGCAAGUGUUUUAAAGAAAUUUCUGCGGAAGAUACCUGGUGGAGUAUUUGGCAAGGAUGUAGAACAAAGGUUUUUUCAAGUUCUUGAUAUUGUCGACGAUCGGGAACAACGGUCAGAAAUUGAGAAUAUUAUAACAUCUUUGCCAAUCUACACACAAAGACUGCUCGUCCUACUCUUCGGAACAUUCAGAGUGAUAGCCUGCAACAGUGAAAAGGCCGGUACUGGUAUGACCAGUGAAGCUCUUGGUGUCAGUGUAGCACCGAGUUUUUUUCAUUCCUGCGUGAGUGAUGGCAAGGCUGCCAGAAUGGAAGAUGUGAUGAAAUUUAAGGUAGCUUCCCGCAUUGUUAAACUUCUUAUAGAACAAUUUUCUACGUCAUACCUUUUUGGCAAAGACAAUUAUGAAUUUUAUUCUCGUGUGACUGGUCGGGUUUUGAGAGUACAAGGCGAAUGGAUCUGUUCAUUCCAAUAUCCUCCUCCAACAGGAAAAGGUUCAGUACAACAGCAGAUAUACACCAAUGAAUGUGGAACCUUAGAGAGAUAUCUUCUUGGUCACUUGUCUUUGGGAACAGAAACUUGGCUUCACUGUGAAAGUGAUCGGUGGCACGCAAAUUAUGGUUUAGAAGCUAUGGCACAGGUAGAAGAGUGUCAGUCAACUCCGGCAUUACUUGAAUCAAGUUUACAACCACAGAUUAGUUCAACAUCCUUAGGAAUGAUUGCAGAACAUAGCCUUUUGGAAUCCUGUACACGUUUGUCUAUAUCUCUAGAACAAAAUGGGUUAUUUCAGGGAAAUAAUACAUCACAUUCAUCAAGUGCUAGUCAUUCUUCAAGAAAUAGUCAGAAUUAUUCAGGACCGAAGAUGACGCUUGAAGAACUUCGAGCUGUUAAUCGAUAUGCAGAAAGUACAAGAAGCCUCAGCUAUCUUCCCCAGGUUCAUGAAAGACAAACAGAACGUAUGAAAACACGCUCGCAAUGGUUUUUGGCUCCGUCAGUCGAGUGUACUAGUUGUGGCGGUUCAUUAGAUUUACCUUUAAACGAAACAGAAGUAUCAGUCUUAACAAACGCAAUUCUGAGGCGAUCUUCUUCAGGCACUAUAGUCGGAGUUGCUGGUCUUUCUCUUAGUGCUGAAUCAGUUCAAAAAAAAGCAAGCAUUAGGAGAUCUAAUUCUCGUGACAAACGACAUUAUCUUCAUAGAUCAACAAGCCGAAGAAAUAAAGAAAAUGGUUCCAGAUCUAAUAGUUUUAAGGGUCGGAGCGACAGGAAAGGAUCCACUUCGCGGCCAGGAAGCUUCAAAAUAAAGUAUGAAAACAUAUCAAGGUCGUGCAGUUUUAAAACCAAGACUGAGUUGUGUACUUGUCCAACAGGUGAUACAGCGGAUGAAAGUAAAGCUACUACUGCCAAAAAAAAUGAAACAAUAUGUGUUACUUUAACCUAUAAGCCGCGUAUUUAGUUUUACUUUCAUAAAAGUUACAUUUUUUUUAAUGAUAAACGAGAAUCCAAUAAAAUCAUACGCUUAUUAAAAUAUUAACGUGCGUGAGUGUGUGUGUGCCACAGUAUGAAGUCUAGUAUGAAGUAAUUUUUAAUUGAUAGCUUUUUGCCAAAAUGUAUUUAUUUUGUUUCUAAUGAACCUAUUUUUUUUUCUCAUUAAGAAUCAAAAUAACGUGAAUGAUGGAUGACAACGGAAGUCAUUGUAAGCAACAAAAUUUUUGUGACCUCCUGUACUGCGUUUUCAGCUUAAAAAAUUUAUUGAAUUAACAUAGAUUUUAUAUGUUGUGAAAUACAGAGUGAUUCACGAGGAAUAAUGAGCCUGAAAAAAUUGUUGAUGCACCAACAUUACUAUUCACAGCUUACUUCAGUACACUUCUUUAAAAAGCAAUAAUUGGAAUCCGCGAUACCCAUGCAAAAUUUAUUACAAUUUGUGCAAAAUAUAGACCUGUUCAAAUAAUGAGAAGACAGACAUGAUUUUAAUCUAUGGAGAAUGUCUGAAUAAUGCAUCGCCUCGCCUGCUACACGUGCUAAUGCUCAGCGAUAUCUCGAAAGAAGAGCGCCGUCUGACACGAUUUUUAAAAUAUUGUACAAUCAGUUGAGAGCCAAUUGGCCUCCCGUUAAGUCAUCAAUGCAAAGGGUAGCUACUGGUUUUCUCAGUGUUGGUAAAUAAAUAUCUUUGCAUUUUUGGAAAUAAUUUUCAACUGCUCAAAAUUGACAGUGCCAUAAGAGUGCAAACUUGGAUUUAUGAUAUUUUUUAAAUUCUACUAUGAACCAAAAAACAAGAAAAUUGUAUUUUGUGGUAUCUAUCUGGAUAGGUCAAAUUCGUCAUGUACGCUGAAUCAGCCUGUAUUUAUUAAAAAUAGAAUUUUGAAUCUAUAUAAACUAUGCGAAAUAUUGUUGGCUCAUUAUUCUUCGCAAAUCACCCUACAAAAAGUGGUUGGGUCAGAUUUGGACACUUGUCUAAAUGUUUUUGACAGCUUUCAAAAGCAUUUAAAAAGUUACAAUUUAAAAAACAGUACCUUUAUCGUACAACAGUAGGUUUUGAGAUAGUUUAUGGAACUGUUUUACGAGAUAAAAAUUCAACAUUAUUAACAAGUCAGGUAAAAUGUUCACAAGCGAUGCAAUGUAAUACUGAUACAUCUAAUGGCUUUACGAUUUUUUAGGUUAAAUAAACAUUCAAUUUGAAGACAUCUUAUUCGUACUUUUAUGUAAAAUCUGCCACUAUAAGAUAAAGCGCUUAUAAGAAUAUGGCAUUUCAUUCCCUCACUUCUAAUAAUAAGUGAGAUAAAUAGGUACUAUAUUAUAAGCGAGUGAAAAUGCAGGGCGAUGAGUGCGUUAGCGCGACUGAUACUGUGCUCACAAGCUUAUAAUGGAAUUUCGCUUACGUAUGAUAUGCGACGCUUUAUCUUACAGUAGCAGGUUUUACUCUUACUUUUAAGUAAGAAUAAGAUGAAUCCAAAUUGACAAGUCAUUUUACCUAAAAAGUCGCAUUGUUAUUAGAUGUAUUAGUUAGUACUCAUAGUUACAUUACAUAACACUUGUUAAUAAUAUUGAUUUUUUCUCUCACAAAACAGUUCUAUAAUCUACCCCAAAACACGUAUUUCAUAAGGCGAUUAUUGUGGCACGAAUGAGUUUUGACAACAGCGAGGAGUGUCCAAAUAGAAUGAGUGCCGCAAGUCGUCUUAUGAAUAAAGUGUAAUAUACUAUUUUUUUUCUACUUUGCAUUGUAAAUAAAUUUUAAAAUAUAGGUAUUUUAAAUAAAUAAUUUUUGAAUAGGGAUUUGCGACAGUGGGUUGGUAACAAAAUCAACAUUUUCGUGAUCAUUUAACACAAAAGAAAGCAAAUAGAUGGAAAUAUUCAUUUGGGCUAAUUAUUAUUAACAAUGUCAAGAUAAUCAAGGAAAAAAUAACUGCACCAACUUCAAAGACUUUUUAUUUUGGAACAUAGAUAUUGAAUGUAGCCGUAAUUGCCGUCUUGACAAUUUUUUCGGGGGUGCACGAACGAGAAAUCUUCACCGCUGUCCGAUUCCAUUGUCCGAGCACACAAAUUAUAGUAGCUUACAUAGAUAUAAUAGCCGUACAUAGAGUCGAAAUUUGCGAAUAAAAAUAAAAUAAAACCGGUUCAAACGGAACCGACGGUGGCUUGCAAAUUCUGACGUCACUGUGGCACACGUUGCACAGAGACAUAUUUAAUAUUAAUUAAAUGUCAUCUUUUCCGUUAUGAUAUCAUCUGUUUAAUUUCUGAGUUCAAUCUCGUCAAUAAAAACGAAGCUCUGUUCACUGUACACAAGUUGUGGUAUGGUAUGUUCAUCGUUGCGGAGGUAGGUGGAACGAAAAACCUAGUAAUCUUAGCGGCAAAGACGGCUAUAAAUUAGUCCACGUGGACUGUUUGUUUCCUGACAUAUUCUAGUUUGCUUGAACCAAUUGUGUUGCACCAAACGGUUAUUACACUUGUUGAAAUACAUUUUCAAACUUCCAUCUUUCUCGAGAUCUUCGAUUUCGUAGUUGUGUGACAAAUCGUUUGUCGUAGAUAGAAAAUAGUAAGAUUACAGUGACCGUAAGAUUUUGUGCAAACGGCCUUAAAUACACCCCUGUGCGAUGCGACGCGUGCCGUAGUGACAGAACUUGCAAGCCAUCGUCGGUUCCGUUUGAGCCGGUUUUAUUUUAUUUUUAUUCGCAAAUUUCGACUCUAUGGACGGCUACAAUAUCUAUGUAAGCUACUAUACCAUUUCACACCGAGAAAAUUAAUGCAAACCACUUGUGUUGAUGAAUUAUCAUAGCAACGGCAGGCUUCUAUAUUUUACUUCCGUUAAAAAAUGACACGCUACGACACUUUUUUUCACUCAAAUGCGUGAAAAAAUGAACCGCUAUGACAUUUUUUUUUUCCCGCUUCUAGUGCGAUGAAAUAAACGUAUCUUUUAUAAACAAAAAUUAAUAAAACGAAAGAACGUUAAAAAAAUAAAUUGUCAUUAUUCUGAAACGUAUAUGCGUUUCAUAAUGAAAAUAUUAUUGACGCAAAGUGGAAAAAAUCGUUUGUGUUCUAUAGUUAUGUAGAAGUGGGCAGCACGUAGAUACAAUUAUUGUACUAGUGCCAUUUAGAGUAAAUUCCCUUGAAUGGGUAGAAGUUUUUUUAUGAAUUCAUUUACUCUACGCAUUUUUUGAAAUUGACCUUUUUAAAAAUUUCAGUGUGUUGUAUAAAAGUUUAUUCUUUCUUUAAUCACAUUCGAUGUAUGCCGAACAAAAUGUAGUUUCUCUUUUUUACAGAUAAUAAUUCCAUUUCAAAGUCUGAAUCUUUUGGUGAUGGUCGUUUUCAUGACUGUGAUAUGUGUUUGUUAUUUUUGCUGGUUUUCUGCUGUUACUUCCCGAGCGUAAACGAAUUGUAAUCGAAUCCAUCAGGCGACUUGCCACUGUCAUGUUUUCUCGAGGUUUCAUGACCCCUAGAGUGCGAAGUGGUCUCCCGUUUCCGUCUGUGUGUCUUCUGUGCCGAUUUUUCUUAGACAGAUAAUGUCCGAAACUACUGGAUCGUUUGUUAAAUUUUGUGUGUAUGUAUGUAUUCAUAUUAGAAAUAUCAUACAGAUAGUACAACGCUAACCAACAUUUUUAUUUUUAUUUAAAAAAAAAUAUGCAGUUUAUUUUAUUGAUUAAAUCAAAAAUAGCUCACCGAAUUUUCCAAAAACGUUGAGAAUAAAGUACUGUUAUUGUUACUAUGAUACUCCACCUGUGGAAAUUGAUAUACAUGAUUAUUCACGAGAAGCUCUACAUCUGAAAAAUUCAAAAUUCAACUAAACAGUACAAUUUCAUAGCAUUCUUUGAUGUUUAUCAUCAUUUCUGGUUUUAAGCUAAACAUAGCUGUUUGGUUUUGUUAAUUUGGAAAUAUACUCCAAUGAUUAGGCUAAAAUUAAAAAUUAACGAAUUCAAAACAAGGGCUCGUCAAGGAAUCUUCUAUACGGAUAAAUGUUCGCUACAAAACCGUAAAGCACUCACCAUAUAUCAAAAUCACAUCAGUCUUUUCAUCGUUUGAACACUAUCAGUUUUGAUCAAAUCACAGUUGUAACGGGACAAUAUUUGACGACACAAAACCGAUAACUACAUAUGUUUUACUUAAUAGUAAUUAAUGUAUUAAGAGGGAUAAACUAGGCUUAACAUUCGAGCAUAUGCUAGAAAUGUUAAGCCAAGUUGCACCUCAAAAUGCGUUCAUUAGUUUAUCGUUCACAAAUUAAAAUUAAAAAUUACUUUUUUAUCCAAAUCAUAUUGCUUAUGCAUAUGGGUUACUGUGGUAUUAUAAAUAAAAAAAACUUGUCUGAAAUGUUAUGGCGAAAUAUAAUGUUACCAUGGUUUUUCUUAACAUUUGACGUGUAUGUUAAGGAUUUCUUAAGAUUAGCUUAACGUUCAUCCCCAGCAUGCACGUUAAGAGAGUGACAAGUGACUGAACGAUAAAAAAAAAUGGUACGAAAUAGCAAAGAUGGUUUUGAAAUUGCAUUUCUGGUUACGUCUCGAAUGUUUAGGGGUGGGCUUCUUGUGAAUAACCUGUAUGCGUCUUUGUUAGAAUGUUGAUGACGUCAUCAGAAAAUUUUGUAAUGGAAAAAUUCACUUGAAACAUGCGAAUAACUUACCUACUUUUUCUUUCUGUCAAGGAAAUCAGAGUGGGCGGUCUGCUAAUGGAAUAGAAAUGGCUAGACCGACCAAUACUGGUUUCAUCGACAGUACACACAUUUCUUUAGUUUAACUUAUAUAAGGAUUAAUAAUAAAGCAAAAAAAUGCCAAAAUCAAAUUUAAUAAUUUUUCUAAAAAAUCUAAUAAGCACUUCAGAGGCAAGGGAAGUUCUGUCGAAAUAACCUUCGACCAAUAUUGUUCUUUUUUUUUCAAAUCCUUCAUAUUUCAACAAUUUUCGAAAUUUUAACGUGAGUGACGAUCGAAUCUGUUUCAGAGUAUUAUUAAAUAUUUUAUAUGCUUCUUCAAUUAAGUAAAUAUUGCAGCAGCAAAGCUUCUAAUAACCUGAAUUAUCGAUCCAAAAUUUGUACGAGUCUGAGAAGAACUGUUAUGAAGUCCAGCCUCGUUAGUUACAUCUGUACAUCCCGCCAUCAAAAGUGAGGAUCUUCUAAAUUUGGACCGCUUUCAAACUCACUGUCGUCGGCAGAGUUCCAGAUUUUAUUAAUAAACCCAGUAGAUGGUGUAAGUGGCUGUAGAUACAACUACGCUAUUAACUUUGAUCAGAGGUUGUGAAUUACCAAGUAUUAACAUCCCUCACUGCGGUGGGAUAUUUUAUUUGUUCAAAUGUGUCGCAAUUCCUAUAUUGUACAAACUUGAAAAUUUUAUUAAACUUCAAGUGCAAAUAAUUGAGUUUGAAUUUUUAAAUGUUUAUACAUGUUUUAAACACAGAGUUUUGAAAGACGUAUUAUUAUUUUGCAAGACAUAUGACUGAACUAUAUUUUCUUUAAAAUAAACAACCCAAUCUACACAAUAUUGUAACUGAAGUAUAAAUUACCAUGUUUUGAUCUUUUUAAGCAGAUGAAUGUAAGGUUUUACAUACCUAUAGCGGCUCUGUAAAGCAAAGAUUGAGAGUAUUGAAAUGUCGGAGGAAUGGAGGUUCAUAUGUGUUUAUUGAAGUAUUAAAUGCUUUAAAAACUUAAAUUAAAAAUAAUUCUAAGCUAUUUAAUUCUUAUUCACUCACAACGUUAACAAAAAUUAUUUUAAACAUUUUAUUGUGACUAGUUGAAAACCAGCAUGAAACCUAACACACAAAACGAUAGAUUGUGUUAGCUUUCCUUCAGUAUUACAUUAAUAAAAUUUCAAUUACAUAAAUGAAGACGGAAAAGAAUACUUAUUAAUACUAAACUACAACAAACAGCUUUACCUUAUUUGAACACAACACUGUAAAAUCAGAAUUACAAACAAAUUGUGGUAAAAACAUACUUCUAUUAAAAAUACUUUCAUAAAUAACGCCAAUAUCAAUAUUCUAUCGUUUUCGAAAAACUAUUAUAUAAAUAAUUGAAGGAAGUAUUGUAAUCAAUCAGUAGUUGCAUGUUAAAAGUGCGAAUGCGACGAAAAUCGAAUCAAUUUGCAUUAGCUGAUUAUGAUUAAGUACAGCAACCAAGUGACAGCAGAAACUGCAAAUAAUAAUUUGUGACUGACUAUCUUUAAUAAAAAACAA